UGUAAUUAACAAUCGUGAAAUGACUAUUAAUGCUAGUAUCGGAGUAACUGCUGCACAUUGUCUUUAUGAUAAUCAAUAUUGGUAUACCAAAAUGUUUUUUUGUGCUGGAUUUAAUGAUGGCAAUUGUGUAAAAAAUGUUGCUAUAUUAAAAGCUGCCGUAGUCAUGAGAGAUGAUAAAUAUUAUUAUGAUUAUGGCUUGAUAAAAUUUGACAAUUCCAGUAAUUUGCAAAAUAAAAUAGGAUACCUCGAUUGGGAUAACAACCCAGGUAACAAUGUUGAAGUCACAAUAUUUGGUUAUUCAAUGAAUAGUGAACUUCAAUGUGCUAAAAAUGGAAAUGUUUUAUGUAUGUGGCAUGGAAUUUCAACUCAAAUUGGUUCUUUUAGACAUGUGCCUGUAGAUACAGGAAGUGGCUCAAGUGGAGGUCCUUGGAUUAAGCUAUUUGAUUCAAAAAAAAAACAGGGUUGGUUAGUUGGUAGUGUAAGCUCUAGUGGGCCUGGAUCCUGA